AUGUCUGAACUUGAGUCAGCUUUGAAAGACAUAGCAUAUGGUUCCAUUGCUGGUGCCAUAGGGAAAGUGAUAGAGUAUCCAUUUGACACAGUGAAAGUCCGUUUACAGACACAGCCAGCUCAUCUGUUUCCUACCACAUGGUCAUGCAUACAUUCUACUUAUGUGAACGAAGGAAUAUGGAAAGGGUUCUACCAGGGAAUAGCAUCUCCUCUUUUUGGUGCAGCACUUGAGAAUGCUGUUUUAUUUGUUUCUUUCAACCAGUGCACUAACUUUUUGAACACAUAUACCUCACUAAACUCUUUAAUGAAAACAAUAGUAUCUGGUGCGUUUGCGGGUGCAUGCGCGAGCUUUGUUUUGACACCCGUGGAGCUAAUAAAGUGUAAAUUGCAGGUUUCUAAUAUUUCGAACUCAUCUUCUGCAACCUUGCGUCAUACUGAGGUAUGGCCCACAGUCAAGUCUGUCAUCAGAGAAAGAGGAAUUUUGGGUCUAUGGCAAGGACAAUUCAGCACUUUAAUAAGAGAAUGUAUCGGUGGUGCUGUGUGGUUUACCACUUAUGAGGUAAUGAAAUUAAAACUACUCGCAUUGCAUCCUCUAGAACAAGAGAAUAAGACGUGGGAGCUUUUGGCUGCUGGUGCUACUGCUGGUGUCGCGUUUAACGCCAGUAUAUUCCCGGCUGACACUGUGAAGUCCGUUUGUCAAACAGAGCAUACUAAUAUUGUCAAUGCGCUGAAAAUAAUUUUAAGAAACCAUGGUUUCAACGGCUUCUACCGUGGCCUUGGAAUAACUUUAAUCAGAGCUGCUCCAGCAAACGCAACGGUAUUCUAUACUUAUGAAACAUUAAAGAAACUAUUCUAA